AUGCCGAUUCUAGAGAGUGCCGGUGUAAGGCGAAGGUCCAUCUCCGUCCGUCCUCAAGACGGUCUCCUCGACUUGCGAACCCGUGAUCUAACUCAGAUCAACCCAGUCGUCUCCCCCACCGCUCCCGCCGUCGACGGCUUUGUGCUACUGAGACGAGGUUCGCAUCGUUCCCAUGGCCAGAUUCAAGCCGAGAUUUAA